AUGGAUGAGACUGGAUUUCAGAUGGGAGUUGCUUCAACCGCUCGUGUAAUCUGUGGCUCGGAAAUACGAGAAUCGCGUGCGAAGUGUAUACAGCCAGGAAACCGCGAAUGGGUGACUUUAAUUGUUGCAAUAUCAGCCUCAGGAACAGUCCUGCCACCGCAGAUUAUCUUUGCAGCGCAGAAUCAUCAAUCGAUAUGGUACGAAGUCUGCCCAAGAUCGUAUCAUCUGAGUGUCAGCGAGAAUGGCUGGACUACCAAUGAGCUUGGUUUUGACUGGCUUCAGAACGUGUUUGACCGGUAUACGGCUUUAAAAACUGUUGGCGAGUAUUGUAUGUUGAUUCUUGACGGUCAUGGCAGUCAUGCAACUCAGCAGUUUGAUCAGUUCUGUACAGCGCGAAAAAUUAUUCCUUUAUACAUGCCUGCCCACUCGUCCCAUAAACUGCAGCCACUUGACGUCGCUUGCUUUGGGCCAUUGAAAAAGUUAUAUGGCCAGCGUGUAUCUGAGGCUAUUUGUUAUGGCGAGGAAUCAAUUACCAAGCUUGAUUUCUUACAGUUAUAUCACAGCGUCCACGCCAAGGCCUUCUUUAAUAUUAAUAUACUCAGUGGAUUCCGUGCUACCGGUCUCGUUCCUUUAAAUUCUCAAAAGGUGCUUUCAACGCUACGGAUUCAAUUAAAAACACCAACUCCACCAACAUCCUCGCAUUCUAAUCAGUCUUUCUAUCUUGGAAAAACGCCUGCAAAUUUAUAUGAACUUGGAAGGCAGAGACAAGAAAUACAAGAACUUGCAGAUCAAGGCCUGGCGUCAAUGGUUUCACACAAAGUUAUUGAAAAGGUGAUUAAGGCUGCGGAACAGUCUAUGCAGAACGCAGUCCUGCUUCAACAAUAA